AUGGAAGUGGACAAAAUCAGAAGGAGCUCCAUCAGGAGACACAAACUUUCCAGCGCAGACGACACAUACGACAAACCGACAGCGAACAGCUCCAUAAACAAUGAGACCUGCAGCGACGAGGGCGAAAUAGAGUUCGAAGGAUGGGUGGAGUUUAUAACGAAGAGUGAAAAAGAAGAUAAUGAUAAUGACGAUACUCUGUGCGAAGAAAAGAUUAGCAAGUCCUGUGGAAAAAGAGGAAGCACCAUACAUAUAUCGAGUUCUCCUGGUGUGUAUACACAUACGAGUAAAACAAAAAAGGGAGAAAAAUAUGUCAACAGUGGACAAACUACCGUUGCCAAUACCAACGUCGUUGUUAAUAAUGAAGAGACAUCAGGUUAUGCUUAUACGAAUGCGAACUAUAUGAACAGGGGACCUGUGGCGACAUUAAAUGGCGGGGUGUUUUAUGCGAAUGGCAGUAAUCCUACUACAUACCCAUUAAUUAUUAACACGCAGAAGACAACGGAUAACACAAUGAAUGUGCUGAACCCCAAUUAUGUGGAUCCAUCUCCUCCAGUUGUUUUGAAGAAUCAACAAAUAAUUCCCCAGCUGUAUAUUAGGCAGCCGCCAACAGUGGUGGUAACAAAUGAACCUCGUCCCCCCCUAGUGAUAAACCCCCCACCAGCUAACAUCGUUUUUAAAAAUAAAGCCCCGCAACCUAUAUAUGUAAAUAGUACAAGGCCAAAUAUCAUCAUUAAAAAUGAUCCAGCAGUUGUACAGAACCCAAUUGAUAUGGAUUCUAUGCCUAUCCAGCUAGAUGUCCCCCUGGAAAAUACAUCUACAACAAUUACAGAGUCGAUAAAAUAUCCCUGUACAGUUAAUCUCAAGAAUGAACCCAUCAGGGAUAACGGAAGUUGCUUUUUUAACACAAGUGUAAAUACUACCUCCACAGGGUUAGUGCCAACAGGCAAUAUGAUCCAGAUAGAUAAUUCGCCAGUAGGCCCUAUUACGCAACAAAUUGUUCCAAAUGUGUAUAUGAUGAAUGAGCAUGGGCAGCUUCAGGGAGGCGUACAAACACAACAGGGUGCCAUCUAUACAGUAACUCCAGGGGGUACCAUAAUACAAACACAGCAGUCCCCACCAAGCCCUAUAUACAGUAUGUAUGAACCGAAUGUUUACCAGUGCGUGCAGCCAAGUUACGCGCAGGUCAUAGGAGCUCAGCCUGAGCAGUGCAGUGCUGGUGGGACCUUGCUGAACCAUCCCGUGCAAAUGGCACCAGGGCAACACGUGCACGCGAUGUCCGCGCAGAAUAUGCAGGCAAGCACCCAGCCACAAGUGCACCUAACAGGAGGAGUGCAAUAUUACCAAGGGUAUAGCAAUGCCCAACCUGCCAUGACGUACGAGAAAGUGUGCUCUCAGCAAGUAGCUCAACCAGCAUAUGGGAAUGCAACACCUCAGUAUGUUCACCAGAGCUAUAUGCAAACGAAUCCAAUGAUGCAGGAACAGAUGGUGUCCCAGACUGCAACGAGAAGAUCAUCCUUUGUUCCUAAUAACAACUUAGCGCAAGGGGGACACCGAGUUAUAAGGUACAGUCAUAAUGUAGGCCAACCUGUUAAUGUAAAUAAAAUUCCCUUGCAGCAUCAGACAUCAUCGGCCUCCAGUGAAUUUCUACCUUCUUGUGGAUCCGUCGGUUGCGGAGCCUCGAAUACUAAACCGAUGCAGGCACGUAACGUGAGGAGUCACAGUUAUGCACAUCCCCAAGUACACGGGACAAUGCAGGCCCUUCCAAAGAAGGUCCAAAUAAUGGCUCGCCCUAUGCACGAUCAGAACCUCCGAGGGCAUAAUUAA